CCGUGACUGUUGGCGUUACAAACGUAAUUGCGAUUAUUCUUGUUCGGCGAUUAUCGUUGAACACGGUGCCGGUAAGUGUCGGUUGAAGUCAUCGUGAAUAAAAUGUCAUUCUCCAGGAUGAGUCUCGUGUUUUAUAUCUCCUGCAUUGUAUUAAUUUCUACAUAUGUAAGUGCGAAUGCGCAAGUGGUAGUGCAAGAUAGCUUGGUAGAGCAGCUCAAUGAAGACAAUUGGUACCUUAUGCUCACGGGAGAAUGGAUGGUUGAAUUUUAUGCACCAUGGUGUCCUGCAUGUAGAGCUCUUGAACCUAUUUGGGAACACCUUGCAUCAUCAAAGAAAGAUCUUAAUAUUAAUGUUGGAAAAAUAGAUGUAACAAAUUCUCCAGGUCUUAGUGGCAGAUUCAUGGUUACUGCUUUGCCUACAAUAUUCCAUGUGAAUAAUGGUAUAUUCAGGCAAUAUAAAAGUCCAAGAGACAGAGCUUCAUUGAUCGAAUUUGUUUUAAAGAAAACAUGGACAAAAGUAGAGCCAAUACCUAGUUGGAAGAGCCCAACUGCCUUCCAUAUGUCAAUUUUAAGUCAAUUCUUUAAACUGUCUCAAAUAUUGAGAGCUAUUCAUACUAGGUUUUUGGAAAAGAUUGGAUUAUCAGAAUGGGGUAGUUAUUUCAUAUUUGUUAUUGCAACGAUUAUUUUGGGUGCAGUAAUGGGUUUGCUUAUUGUUUGCUUGAUUGACUUCAUUUAUCCACCGAAACCAGCAUCGCAACCAACUAAGCAAGGCAAAAAGAAACAAAAUGGUACAUUGACCACACAGGAAAAGGGUUCGGAUGAAGAUGAACUUUCAGAAAACGUUGGAGAUGAUUUAGUGGAUGAGUCAGAGUCAGAGGAACUUGCUGAAACCCCUGAAGAAACAAAGGGUGAAGAAGUAUCUGAACCAGAAGAACUUGAAGCGAGUGAAAAAGAUAUGGAUACUAAAACUGAUACCAGUAGUCCCAGUGUUCGCAAGCGUAAACCACGCAAGGCUGAUUAGAAACAUUAGUUUGUUUAAUGUAAAUAUUCAACAACUAUGGAUCAAUUGCCACUAAUCUUCAGCGAUAUAUUCCCGAAAUCAUUCCUACGUAUUAUGACGAUACGGCAUGAUAUCGUUAUCCUACAUCAUGAAACAUCGGUUAGUCAGUAUGGAUAACUUAAAGAAACAUAUUCGCCGUCUCUUGUAUAUGUUUGCAAAUACAAAUGAAAGAAAACUCCAAA